CUUGGAAACUAGCUCCUGAAAACCAGCGUCUAAAGGACUGGGAGCUUCUCUCUCAUGCGACUUCCGAAUCAGAGUACGGACUGAUGUACGGCUCCAUGGAUUCAGGGGUUUCGAAGCUUGUUUUUCACUGCUAGAAGUCGGAAACAGCUUCUAAACCCAUUUCCGACCUUGGAUUUGGGAUUCGAAGAGCUCUUGGUGACCUAUCUGAGCUGGUGCGGACUACUGUUUAGCGUUUGUUUCACGCUUGAGGUGUUUUUCGUCGAAACUCACUUUUCGAUCCUCUUGCUGUUUGGAUUUUUUAUUUUGGCUACUAACUCAAACUAUUCUCAAUCGCGAGGUUUACUGUUCAUUUACGAUUUCAUUUCUGCGACAGUCUCGAUUGAGGGUUUUUUUGUACUGUUCUUUUGUUCUGUUCUUUUCUGCGGUUAUCCUGUAACCAUAUGGCAAAAAAGAAAGUAGGAAAUGGACAGGCCUCUUCGUCCAGAGUCACCAGGUCGGCCACUCGCUUUGACAUUCUGGCAGGUAUGGAGGAGGAAUUCCCGGCUCUCCAGUCUGAAAAGAGGAAGGGGAAUUUGGCCAAACCUGUGGCGCUAUGGAACAAACUGCUUCGGUAAAUGCCUCAACUGGGCCUUCUUCGACUGUGGAGCAAACUACAGCUAUGGAACAAACUGCUUCGGCUGUCACAAAUGCCUCAGCUGUGAAACAAGCUGCUUCCGCUGCAGAACUACCUGCAGAUAUUGAUCUGCCAUCUCACGAGACUGUAACGGAGGCUGGUUUCAAUGAUAUGAUGACUGGUUUAAACCUUAAAACAGCAAAGGAUGCAGGACCAAAAGUUGUUACUGAAAAGUUAACUGGGAAUGCCAAUGUUGCUGCGAUUAAGGAAGGGGGAGCUACUGCUUUGGCAGUAAAAUCAGUCCAGCUUUUGAGAAUUCUUUGCUUUGCACAACAACAAAGUGUGCAGGGGAAUGGUUUUGACACCAAUAAAAAGCCUUGGACGACUCUCUUUAAGGAUAAUAGGGCUACAUCUCAUGGGAUCAAACUGAAUUUUGUUCCUCCUAAAGGUAAUUCUUUGGACUUUUCUGGUAGACUUUUGCCAUCCAUGGUGGAGAUGUGGGGAUAUUGUCUUGUUGGCUACUUCACAGGUCAUUUCCCUGGCCUAAAAGCCAUCCAUGAACUGAAAUUUAAAUGGGGAGUUAAAUGCCAAGUUAGGACCCAUGAUAAGGGGUGGGUGAUCUUUAAAUUCCAAACUGAAGGAGACAGGUUGAAAGUGCUAAAUGGGGGACCCUUUACCAUCUUUGGUAAACUACUCAUGUUGAAGAUUUUGUCGGAGGACUUCACAUUUGAUGACGAAGAGUUCCUUAAGGUGCCAAUUUGGGUCAAGUUCCCACACCUACCAAUGAAGCUUUGGAAUAAGGAUGCCAUGAGUGAAGUAGCCUCUAUGGUUGGGAUGCCACUUACUACGGACUUGGUCACCCAAGAAAGGAGCAAUCAUAAUUUUGCUAGAGUGCUUAUUGAAGUUGAUGCGUCGAAACCGCCCAUGCUUUCAUUUCCUAUCCGACUACCUUCCCGUAAAGUAAUCCAACAAGCGGUGGUUUAUGAGACUUUUCCUAAUUUUUGUUUUCAUUGCAAAAAAUAUGGUCACGACCCAUUUAUUUGCAAAGAACUACAUGAGAAGGAAGAAUUGGAAAAAAAUCUAGUUGAGAAGGAACUGAAGAAAACAAAUGAUAUUAGUGUGGAUGACACCAAGGAUGCGGCACCCAUGGAGGCUGACACAGAGGGAUUAGAGCUGGGAGGAUUGGUUGAGCCCAUGGAUACUGUAGUUCGGGCGGAGGAAGACACUAGGGAUGUUUUGGCCGAGGUACCAGAGGCAGAAAUUGCUGCGUCGGAUGCUAUUAUUGUGCCAUCUCCCAUUUCUGGGGGGGGGGGGGGGGAGCACCCGAAUAUGCUGCCUGUCUCUGAGGAGGAGAAUCCGCUUAGCUGGCUGCGGAUUCUGCCAAGCCGCUCAGCCGGGGCUGAUGAAAAAGUUGAGCAUCUUUAUGCGUGGGGAUAAUGAUGGGAGGAGAAGGUAUUUUAGGGACGAUGUUGAGAUUAGUAGCACUUCUUUUUUCUUUUUUGUUUUUCAUCAAUUGAGUGAGUUUUGAUUUUGUUAUCAUGGGGCCUGUCCCGAUAUCUACAGAAUUUGUUGGUUGGGAAGUUUAUAUCUAGGUUAGUUAAUCCUAGCCUAGGUAGUGUGUUUCAGAGUGCUUUGACACAUCGUAAGAUGUUGUUUUUGGGUGUUUAAUAUAAUUACCUUUCAUCCAAAAAAAAUUAAAUGACACCCUUCUCAAAUUAGGAAUAUGUUUAAAAUGUCACUUUUGUAAUUUGUUAAAAUUUUA